CACGAUAGUAAUCAUCUUGCUAUUUAUUUUUAUAAAAUUUAAUUUGUCUUUCAAUAUCAACAAAGUGUCGAUGUAAAAAUGGCUUCUGCCAAAGUGGAUUGGGGGAAAUUUGCCGAAGAACAAGAUAAGUUGGCUUCUAAGGUAACAAAUUUAAAUCUAGAAAAGUCAAAAGAAACACCAGGAAAUGCAAGUGAGGAUACAAAGAGUGAUGAUGGUACAGAGGAACAGAUUUCACCGGCAGAGAAAUCUUUAUUGCAAAAAAUUAUAAGGAAAGGAUUGGUUGAAACAACAAAAGACAUAGAAGUACAAAGAAAGGAUCCAUCAUCUCCAUUAUAUAGCGUUAAAUCUUUCGAAGCACUUCAUCUCAAACCUGCAUUAUUAAAAGGAGUUUAUGCAAUGGGUUUUAAUGCACCAUCAAAAAUUCAAGAAACAGCACUACCAACUUUGCUUGCCGAUCCGCCUCAUAAUAUGAUAGCACAAUCACAAUCUGGAACUGGCAAAACUGCAGCAUUUGUAUUAGCCAUGUUAAGUAGAGUAGAUACAACUAAGGAUUAUCCGCAAGUGCUUUGUUUAUCACCUACAUAUGAAUUAGCAAUACAAACUGGAGAAGUUGCUGCUAAAAUGUCACGUUUCUGUCCUGAAAUUAAAUUGAAGUAUGCUGUUAGAGGAGAAGAAAUUCUUCGUGGCACAAAAAUCACGGAUCAUAUCAUUAUAGGAACACCAGGAAAAGUUUUAGAUUGGGCAGUCAAAUUUAAGUUUUUUAAUUUAAACAAAAUUUCAGUUUUUGUUCUUGACGAAGCCGAUGUAAUGAUAGCAACACAAGGCCAUCAAGACCAAUGUAUUCGCAUUCACAAAUUACUUCCACGCACAUGUCAAAUGAUGUUUUUCUCAGCAACAUAUGAGAGUGCAGUGAUGGCAUUUGCGGAAAUUAUAGUUAGCAAUCCUCUCAUAAUACGAUUGAUGAAAGAAGAAGAAAGUUUAGAUAACAUUAAACAAUAUUAUGUCAAAUGCAAAGACAUAGAUGAAAAAUAUGCAGCUAUUACCAAUAUUUAUGGUGUAAUAACAAUUGGUCAAGCCAUUAUUUUCUGCCAUACCAAGAAAACGGCUAGUUGGUUAGCAGAAAAAAUGACAAAAGAUGGUCAUGCAGUAGCUGUUUUAACUGGUGAAUUAACAGUAGAACAAAGAAUCUCUGUAUUGGAUAGAUUUAGAGCUGGUCUGGAAAAAGUUCUCAUUACAACGAACGUAUUAGCAAGAGGUAUCGACGUGGAGCAAGUAACUAUAGUAGUGAAUUUUGAUCUACCAAUGGAUCAAAAUCGUCAAGCUGAUUGUGAAACAUAUUUACAUAGAAUCGGUAGGACAGGACGUUUCGGCAAGUCUGGAAUUGCUAUUAAUUUAAUAGAUUCGUCACAUGCAAUGCAGUUAUGUAAGAACAUAGAAAAACAUUUUGGAAAGAAGAUACAAUAUCUCGAUGCAGAGGAUGCUGAUGAAAUUGAAAAAAUCGGUGCUUAAAUCAUUUUACACAUGGAGUGCCUAGAACGAUUCUGUAUCAGAUAUUUCUAGAUCACUAUAAAGUAUUCUAAAAAUGAACUCAUAUUUGAACCAUCUGCAAUGCCAUAUAUUUCUUUUCCAAUAGCACAUAUUUCUACUAGACAAGUCUUAUACGUAUUUGUCAUUAUGUAUAUUUAUUGGCUUAUAUCAGUUAAUGAUAUGGCAAUUGGAUAAGAAAUAUAAAUAAAUUAAAUUCAAGAAUAUAAUCACGACGAUGUACUCUCUAUAGAAAGGAAAAAAAUAUUUUUAUAUGUUGUAUGAAAUGUUCUUAUCCAUAAUAGGUUAAUAUGAUUUUAAUUGUUAUUUUCCUGAUUUUGUAUAUAAGACAACAAAUAUUUACUUUCCCAUACUCAUGUAAAAACAAAGCUUAUCUAAGGAAAAAAAAAUACAAGAUAAUAAAUAUGUCAUUAAAUAAUGAAAACCACAUAAGAGAACGUAUUCAUAAGUUUCUUCAUGCUUAUAUAACGGCAUUACAGAUCAUGGCAUAUACAAUUAAUAAAAUAAACUUACUCCCUAAAUAUUACAUGUACGGAAAUUUUUUAUUGUGUAUAAACAGGAUUUAUUGAAGAAAAAUAUGUAAAAUAAUUUUCCAUUUAUUGAAAUUAAAAAAAUGAAAAUAAACUAUGCUAUUGAUAAAAGUAAAAAAUGAAAACCAAAAAACAGAGAUUACUACUAUUUGAAGAUGUAAAUGAUUACAUAAAUUUACAUUCUUAUUUAUGAAAAUACAGAUUUUAUGCACAAAAUGAUGAUUAAAAUUUCGAAUUAUUCAUGUGCCUAUUUAAUGUUAUUCGUUAUAUAUAUACUGAAAUUCUGUACAAUUUUUAUUUUAAGUGGAUCUUAAAGAUUUAUGCUUUUCACUUGGAUUAUAUAACCAAAAUAGCUAAAUAGAAUAUAAAAGUAAUAUAGACACAUAAAAUAUUUCAAAUAUUUUUUUACUCAAAUCGUUUGAGCAUUAACACUGGAUACAUAUAAUGUAAUAUAUUUUUGUACAUAAAUUAUAUUAUCUGCAAUAGUACAUGCUAUUUGCAUUAUAUUUAAAACAUCUGAUAAAAAGAGAACUUUGGUAAUUUUUCAGAAAUAUGUGUAUGUAUUUGACGUAACGUUUACAAAUGCGUAAAAAAACAAUGGAACGUACUGUUAUGACUCUUCGGCCAUAUAGUGAUCGAUCUUUAUCUCUUCCUUAUUUUAAC